AAAAGGAUAAAGUGGGUCCGUGGGAUAUCCCAAAAAGUGCUGUCAACAAAAUAUCUCGCCCUCACACUCUCAGAUAGCAGCUCACACUCAGAACGGCGGCGGCCAUUGACGGAGCUCUCACACUCAGACGGCAGCUUUCAGCCGGAGUACAGAGGUGAUCAAUGGCUAUACAGUUUGCAUUUGAAGAGUUGGAAUCUUACACAAACAGAUUUGAAACACUUCUUGGUGAAGGUGCAUUUUCUAAGGUAUAUCGUGGCAACAUACCUGGAAACAACCCACGCAAUCUCCCUGCGCAGUCGGUGGCAAUUAAAGUCUCCAACAACCCCGAGGAUCCACAGUUUGAGAAUGAACUGCAGUUCUUGCAACAAAUUCAGGGACAUCGAAACAUAAUCGGCUUGGUUGGAUGGUGCCAAACAGAGUCCAAAUUCUACAUAGUUCUAGAUCUUGCUUCUGGAGGGACACUUUCAAACAAUAUAGUUGGUUCAAGGGGAAAGGAGGAGUUAUGAUGGACUUGGUGGUAGAAUCGCUUUUGUGAUUGUAGGACUAGUCUGCAAUUAGUAGAUAUUGAAUGCUACCAUUUUCAUUAAUGUAAAUUAUUUGUUUGGGCAUGUUCGUGUGCUCAUUAAACUAACCUUAACACGUUGCUCUGUCUACCGUAUUGCUGUCUUUUUGAAUGGAUAGAACACCUGUUAGUAGCAU